AUGGCAAUGGCCAUCUCUAAAUCCAAGGUUCUCUUCUACCUCCGUCAACAGUUUCUCUCUCCUCUCUCUUUAACUUCCUAUUAUCCCUAUUCAUCAUCUUCUUUGUCUUCUUCAUCUCUUGAAUUUGACCUUCAAAACGACGUCACAGACACGGAUAAACCACCCAUUCCCACCAGUGAGCUCUCUCCAGCUGAAACCCUGAUAGCCGAAAAAUUCCAUGCCUUAAUCAAAGACCACCACCGCAAAAACCCUAACCCUAACUCUACUCCCUUAAACCCUAACUUAACCCUCCAAUCUCUCUCCUUCGACUUUUCCAAAAUCUCCACCGUCGAAUCUCUCUCCCCUGCCCUUAUCCACCGUGUGAUCGAGAAAUGUGGCGAGGUCCGCCACGGCAUCCCCGUUAUCCAAACCCUUGCCUUCUUCAAUUGGGCCACAAAUAAUCUAGAUUUCACCCAAUCCCCCGAGCCUUACAACGAAAUGAUCGACCUGGCUGGAAAGGUACGCCAAUUCGAUAUCGCUUGGCAUUUGAUCAAUUCAAUGAAAACCAAAAACGUAAAAAUCUCAAUCGACACUUUUUCGAUUCUGAUUCGACGAUAUGUUCGGGCUGGGCUGGCGUCCGAGGCUGUUCACGCUUUCAAUCGAAUGGAGGAUUAUGGGUGCCAGCCGGACAAAAUUGCGUUUUCCAUUGUGAUCAGUAUAUUAUGUAAGAAGAGAAGAGCAAUGGAAGCUCAAUCAUUUUUUGAUAGCUUGAAAGAUAAAUUUGAACCUGAUGUUGUUUUAUAUACUAGCUUGGUCCAUGGGUGGUGUCGGGCUGGCAAUAUUUCUGAGGCCGAGAGGGUUUUUCGAGAGAUGAAGGCAGCUGGGAUUCAACCCAAUGUCUAUACUUUCAGUAUUGUGAUUGAUGCAUUGUGUAGGUGUGGGCAAAUUAAUCGUGCCCAUGAUGUUUUCGCAGAGAUGAUUGAUGUUGGAUGUCAACCCAAUGCUAUUACCUUUAACAAUCUAAUGCGGGUACAUGUGAAGGCUGGGAGGACUGAGAAGGUUUUGCAAACGUAUAAUCAGAUGAAGAGGCUUGGUUGUCCUGGUGAUGUGAUCACGUAUAAUUUUCUGAUAGAGUCUCAUUGUAGGGAUGAGAAUCGUGAGGAAGCAGUUAAGGUUCUUAAGACAAUGGUUAAGGAAGGGUGUUUUCCUAAUGCAUCUACUUAUAAUCCAAUAUUUAGGUGUAUUGCAAAGUCGCGGGAUGUGAAUGCUGCUCAUAGAUUGUAUACCAAAAUGAGGGAGUUAGAAUGUAGGCCUAAUACAGUUACAUAUAAUGUGUUGAUGCGGAUGUUUGCUGAUUCAAAAUCAACCGACAUGGUUAUCAAGCUUAAGAGAGAAAUGGAUGAGAGUGAAGUCGAGCCUAAUGUGAAUACUUAUCGGAUUCUAAUUUCAUUGUAUUGUGGGAUGGGGCAUUGGAACAAUGCAUACAAGUAUUUCAGAGAGAUGAUUGAGGAGAAGUGCUUGAGACCAAGUCAGCCAGUUUAUGAAAUGGUUCUGCUGCAGCUGAGGAAGGCAGGGCAGAUAAAGAAGCAUGAAGAAUUGGUAGAGAAGAUGGUGGAUAGGGGAUUUGCUGCCCGGCCUUUGUAG